AUGACAGAGGCCGAGCGGCUGGUCUUCUUGCGCCGCUCCCUGGCCCGGGCCCGGAUCCAGAGUUUGGAACUCGAGUCCCAGCGCGCUCAGCAGGAAAGAGCUUUAGCCGAGGCUUAUGCGCAGCGGCGUGAAAAUCAGAUCGCGCAGCGGCGGGAAGAGCGUCAAGCAAGGCUGCGCGAGCUGCAGGAUCUGCAGGACAAGGCGCGCCCUCCACCGCGCAGCCCAGAGCUCGAAGCAGAGAAGGACCCAGAGAUCUCUGCCCUGUUGGCCCAACGGCCCUCACUGAAAAAGCGGUUGCGGCCGCCGCUGCAAAGUGCUGUGUGGGCCCCGAGAAGCACGGCAGAGUACAGUAGAGUUUGUGGGGCUGGCAGAAGCGCGACAUUUUGCCAUCAUCAUCGUCGUCAUCAGCAUGACCAGCAUCUCGGUCGGCGUGAUGACUUAGGUUUCAGUUGA